AUAAGGUACACAUAUUUUUCCAUUAUUUUAUCUUUCUAUAUUUCUUUAUAAUCAUUGAUCGAAUUAUAAACUAUUAACGGCGGUAAACGAAAUCGAAAACAUUCCAAUAUUCUACGGCUACUAAAAAUGCCGCGUACAAAACAUGUUCAGAAACCAAAACAACAAGAAGAAUUUUUAGAAGAAAGUGAUUUAUUAAUUAAAGAUUUUGAGCGACAAGCACAUUUACGAAUUUCGAAAAUGGAAGCAGAAUCAAAAAUGGCAAUAAAAAGUAUUGAAACUUUCGUUGACGUUACUUUAUCUCGACUUCCGGCUGAGAUACGGCAAAUGACACUUAGUGAAGUACUUAAUUACGAUAAUGAAAAUGAAAAAGAAAAUUGUAAUGAAAUUUCGUCAUCCGUUGAUGAUCGUUCGCUACGAGUACCUCCGAUGACAGUAAAAGGAAAAAAAACUGGAAAAAGAAUUACUAGCGCGUCCGAUGAUGGAUAUGUAACCGAGGGAAUAACAACAACACGUACAUCAAGAGCUACUAAAGUCGAAUCUGCUAUUAGUAGAAGGACACGUAGUAGUUCAAGGAAUAGUAAAAUGAAGCUUAGUGAAAUAAAUCAAGAAACUAUAAAAAAAACAACAAAAGAUAAACAUAUCAAAUCUAUGAAAGUUGAUAAAUUUAAAACCCCUGCUACUUUGAAACCAGGAAAUAAAGAAUUUGAUCUUGUAACUCCAAAAAUAAAACCUAAUACACCAUUAAAUGUAUUAAGACGUCCAAGACAAGGGGAAAUGGUUCUUAGUAUGCAAGGUAGUCCUUUAUUAGUUUCUGCAAUUAUUCAAGAAGAUAUUGCUAACAUUAAUGUACCCUUGCGUGAUGGGAAUGUUAUGUCCUUAUUACCUAAUGAUGGAUUACGUAUGUCACAUAUUCCUGCAUUAGAUUCAGAAACUUUGAAACAACUAGAAACUUUAAAAAGUCAUAUUGAGAAGGUUAUCUCAACAAAAUAAUUAUAAUUAUAAUAAUAAACUAAAAUUUUGUAGGAUGUAUUUCACAUUUUACUAUUAUAUAUGUUAUGCCAAUGAAAUCAAUUUAGAAUCAUAAUAUUUCCUGAACAUUGUCAUAAUUUUAUUAGAAAUAAUACAUAAUUGAAUU